AUGGGCUGGACUAUGACUCGGAAAGAUGACUUAGGGGUCAUUGCCCGGACAUGGCAAGCUGGGAACAUCCUCAGCCUCUUUCUGCUCUUGUCUUUCUUUUCCAUUCCAGUCCACUCAGACAUCAUACUUCUGAAGGACCAUCAUUUCUCAUGGAAAGCAGGUCAGUGGGGUCAGUGUGUUGGGGAGGAGUGUGGUUCUGGAGGGGUCCAGACAAGGACGAUAUGGUGCAUCCACAUAGAGGGUUGGGCGACCCAUCACUCACACUGCCAGCACAUGGACAAGCCAGAAAGCAAGAGGCAAUGCUUCAAGGUCUGUGACUGGCACCAAGAUCUCUUUGAAUGGGAGAUUUCAGAUUGGGGAGGCUGUGUUCUUGUCCCUUUCUUUUCCAACGAGCUCAAGCUGAGGACAACCGAAUGCAUUACAGCACAGCAUGGCAUUCAGAAGCGCCAUAUCCACUGUGUCCGCACUUCAAAUCGAAGCACUGUCAGCUCGAGGAUUUGUGAAUUUUUUUCCCAAAAACCGCCCGUGGAGCAAGCGUGCCUGAUUCCCUGCCCUCAGGACUGCGUGGUUUCAGACUUUACUUUUUGGUCAGGUUGCAGCAAAACCUGCGGUGCUGGUUUGCAGCAUCGGACUAGACAUGUCCUGGCUGCACCAAUGUACGGAGGGGCAAAUUGUCCUAACCUAACUGAGACCAGGACGUGUACUAACUCUGCUAAAUGCCCCAUUGCAGAGGGUGAGUACCAGUACAGCCUUAAAGUGGGCGCUUGGAGUAAGUGCCGACUACCCCAUCAAAAAGACGCCCUUUUGAAUGGGAGGACCACAGUGGACUUUACUGCAAGCUCCAGUGAAAACAACACAAUCACAUUGCACACAGUGGCUUCUCACCAUCACAGCCACCACCAUCAUGCACAAGUGCACAUUAAAUACCCAAUGUCAUGGGAACUAGAAGUGGGAUAUCAGACACGACAGGUUCGUUGUGCAAGAAGUGAUGGCAAGAACGUCAUGCUGAGUCUCUGCGCAAAGGACACCGCACCCCUGACCUUCCAGGCAUGUGUGAUGUCCCAAGACUGUCAUACAUCUGAUUGGUCAUCGUGGGGUCCCUGCUCUAAGACCUGCCGGUCCAGUGAUCUGUCUCCUGGUUACCGCCUCCGGUCACGGGUCACAACUCUGAUCCCUCAGGGUGGAGGGAAACCAUGUCCUGUCCUUGAGGAAAAAGAAGCUUGCAACAUCAUUGGGGAUUUACUUCUUAAAUGCCCGAGGUACAUGUGGAGAGCCACUGAGUGGGGUGAAUGUCGUAUCCUGCCCUUACUGAGCCAACAGGACAGACGGCAGGUUAAUGUCAGUAUUCUGUGUGGAGGGGGGGUCCAGACCAGGAAGACCUAUUGCGUUCAAGUCCCCGAUGAUUCAGCACCACAUCACAGGAAGGAAGUGUCCAGGCCUGUAAAUGCUCAUCUGUGUGAGGGUGCUGAGCCACUCUUGGCUGUGCAGAGCUGCUCCAUUCCCUGCCAGAACCAUUGCUUACUCUCACAGUGGUCACUCUGGAGUGCCUGCCUAUAUGAAAACUGCAAAGACCCCCAGGGGAAAAAAGGAGAUGUUGUUCCCAGCACCCACUGUGUAAAUGACCCUCCUCCCACAGAGGAGACCUGUGAGGUGGCCUGUUCUGCAGACUGUGUCGUUGGCUCCUGGUUCUCCUGGUCAGCCUGCUCUCAUAGCUGUGCAACAAAAACUGCAGAGGGCAAGCAGAGUCGCACUCGCACAGUUCUGGCAAUCCCAGGGAAAGAGGGGAAAGCUUGUCCAGCAGCUCCAGCCCUGGAGGAGUGGCGAGUUUGCAAUGACCAUCCUUGCAUGGUAUUUUACUGGCAGGCCUCAGCGUGGGGUCCCUGUCUUGUGAAUACUUCGGCUGAUCUUAAUGGAACAAGCUUGUGGAAUGAGACCUGUGCUGUUGGCGUCCAGAGCCGUAAAGUCAGCUGCAUGAAGAUGAAUGCUGGUCCGGUCGUAAGUAAAAGGUGUUUAGAGUCUUCUCGUCCAGAAAGUGUCCGACCCUGUUUGCUUCCCUGCACAAAGGACUGCAUAGUGACUCCCUUCAGUGAAUGGACACCCUGCCCAUCAGCCUGUCUCACAGAAAAUUCAACGGCUGCCACACAGUCUCGGUACAGAACCAUCAUUCAGAUGUCCACUAAUGGAGGCCAGGAGUGUCCAGAUACACUGUAUGAAGAAAGGGAGUGUGACGUUGUUAGUGCAUGUCCAGUUUACAGGUGGAGGCUGCACAAGUGGCACAGUUGUACUCUGGUCCCUGAUUCUGUAAGACGAGGAUUAUCUGGAUCAGGGGAAGCAUGUGGAAAUGGUUUAGAGACAAGAGGAGUCAGCUGCAUUGGGGAAAAAGGAGAGCCGGCCAACAUGACGGAGUGCUUGCAGUGGGCCGGCCCCCUCCAGUCUCAGAUCAGAGAAUGCCGGGUAGCUUGCAAAGAUGACUGCACUCUCACUGCUUGGUCCAAGUUUUCUGACUGUGCUGGAUGUGGCAGCUCACAAACUCGCAGGCGUUCCCUUUUAGGUCGCAGCAAAAAGAAGGAGCGUUGCCUUAACGAGGAGCUGUACCCACUGGAAGAGACAAAAGCCUGUCCCUGUGAUGAGUUUUUAUCUCAGCCCUAUGGGAACUGGUCUGCGUGCAUCCUCCCAAAUCCUUUAGUCUUUGAGUCGCUGCAGGGUUGGAUGGUCCAUCGAGAGGUUAAGGAGUGUGGCCAAGGCGUGCGCUACAAAUCUGUAGCCUGCAUUGACCAGAGGGGACACCUGGUUAACCCAACGUUUUGUACAGACACAGGCUACAUUGUGGAGGUUUGCCAUAUCCCCUGCCCCCUCGACUGUAAGCUCAGUGAAUGGUCUCCCUGGUCAGCUUGCAGUGCGUCCUGUGGCAGUGGACUGAAGAUAAGAUCCAAAUGGCUCAGGGAAAAAGCUUUCAAUGGUGGGCGACCAUGCCCCAAGCUGGAUUUAAAGAACCAGGCUCAGGUGUAUGAAGCUGUGCCAUGCAAUAGGGAGUGCAGCCAGUACGAGUGGAGGAUCGAGCCCUGGUCCAUUUGUACCAUCAACACCGUGGACGACCUGCCAGCAUGUGGGGAGGGAGUCCAAAGCCGCAAGAUCAGGUGUGUGAAGAAGGAAGCAGCGAGUGGGGAGGACGACACUGUGGAUGAUGGUCUGUGUGAUCAGGAUGAAAUGCCACCCAGAGCCCAGGUCUGCUUUUUAGCCUGCCCCAGUGACUGUGUCAUGGCACCCUGGGGACCAUGGAGCAACUGCCCCGGGGAAUGUGACCAAGGAUAUUUAAGGAACAGAAGCAGACACAUCCUCCGCCCCCCAGUUUCAGACGGUGGAACUUGUCCAGAAUUGGUCCAGUCAGAACCUUGUGUUCUCAACAAUACCUGCUUCACUUAUCAGUACACUGUGACAGAAUGGAGUACAUGCCAGCUAUGUGAAAAUGCCAUCUGUGGUCGAGGAUCACGUUUGCGCCACCUGGAUUGUGUACGCAGUGAUGGCAAAGUUGUGGAGUUGCAGAAGUGCAAGCAGUUUGGUUUGAUCAACAAGUUGCAGCUGUUGGAGAGCUGUGUGGUCGACUGUCCUGUCAGCUGUAUACUGUCUGACUGGUCGCCGUGGGCGGAAUGCUCGCACACCUGCGGGAGCCGAGGUCACUCAGAGCGCAGCCGGAGGAUCCUGCAAGAGGCUCACGAGGAGGGUCGCCCCUGUCCCAGCCAGCUCAGCCAGACCAAACCGUGUCCCAUAAGGCCUUGCUAUAUGUGGUUACUAAGUGACUGGUCUCCGUGCACUGUAGAGGGUGCAAAGUGCGGUGAGGGGCUGCGAACAAGGAACCUGUCGUGUGUCAUCCACUGGGGGAACUGGCACGAGUCUCCUCCUCAGCUAGCAGAGACGGAGCUUUGUGGGGAUGUGAAGCAGCAGCAGCUCCUUCAGGAGAUGGAGCAGCCGUGCUUCGUGCACUGUCCAGGAGAUUGUCAUUUAACUGAAUGGUCAUCUUGGAGUUCUUGCCAGCUGACCUGCCUGGAAGGACGGAGCUUUGAGUCCACUGGUCGUCAAACGCGCUCCCGAGCUGUGAUCAUUCAGGCCAUGGAGAAUCAGGGCAGCUGCCCCCUUCAAGUCUUUGAGACUCAGCCCUGUGAAGGAGGAAAAUGCCACACUUACCAGUGGAAAACAGGAGGAUGGAGCAACAAUGAGAGGGCAGUGUGGUGUCAGCGCUCAGAUGGAGUUAAUGUCACAGGGGGGUGCUUCCCACAAAAAAGGCCUACUACUCUUCGACACUGCCAUCCUCCGUGCACCAAACCGUUCACACACUGCACACCGAGCGGAGUGUGUGGGUGUGAGAAAGGCUACACUGAAGUGAUGACCUCGCACGGUUUUCUGGACUAUUGCACGAGAACCCCAGGGGUGGACAACAGCAAGAAAGCUGACGUGAAAACCAACUCUGGGAGAUUAAAACCCAGACCGUCUCAAGCCAAUGACCUCUUCAGUGAGUGGACCUUGCGACCUGUUGGCCCAGAUGGAAGAGUAAAGCUGUGGGUUUACGCCGUGACUGUCGUCGGCUUCGUCGUGAUACUCUUCGUUAUCGCAUUAUCAUUCCUGGUCUGCAAUCCAUACAAAACCACAAAGGCGUCUGCUCCUCCACAGAAGCCUCUGACUCUUGCCUAUGAUGGGGACAUGGAUAUGUAA